GCAGGUCUCUCCCCCUCUGUAGUGUAUCUUCAAGCAGCUAACUAGCUAAUUUGCUUAGUAAACGUCUUAAACAAUGUAGUGAAAUGUUAUCCAUAGAUUCAUAUGCGCAGUUUUCGGUAAACAAAUUGUGUUAAAAUGGAGAUUUCGGUUUUCGCUUCUGAAAAUCAGCCCACAGAGCCUGAGAACGGAGAAUUUAAACAACCGCCGCAAACUGAACCACUGAGUCGAAAACAACGGCGGCUGUGUCUGAAGAGAGACAGGAGAAAAAGAAAACGCCAAGCUCUUGCUAAACUGAGAGAAUGUGAUAUUAAUUUAGCUGUUGAUCAGUAUGAAAAUGAAGAUCAUGAUGAUGGAGAUGAUAAGACAGAAGAAGAACAAAGAGAGCGUCUACACCAGGAGUGGCUGCAGAAGGAAAGGAUUGCACAGGAGGAAUUUAGGUUGAAGAAGGAGAAAGAAGCUGCAGCUCAAAGGAUUAAGGAGGAGGAGGAGAAGAGAAUCAAGGAUGAAUGGGAGGAACAGCAGAGAAGAGAGAGAGAGGAGCGAGAACAGAAACAGCAGGAGAAGAGAAACAGAGAGGAAGCUGUACAGAAAAUGCUGGACCAAGCACAAAGCCAGUUGGAAAAUGGGGGUUCCUGGAAAAACCCAGAUGCCCCAGCAGAUUAUGGCACAGAAAAGGACAAAGCCAACUGUCCCUUCUUCCUUAAAACUGGAGCUUGCAGAUUUGGAGACCGGUGCUCUCGAAAGCAUGAUCACCCAGUGUCAAGUAGCACUUUGAUGGUCCGGGGUAUGUUUGUGACAUUUGGGAUGGAACAGAGCAGACGCGACGACUACGACACAGACGCUAGUCUGGAGUACAGUGAGGAGGAGUUGCACCAGCAGUUUCUGGACUUUUAUGAAGAUGUUCUGCCAGAGUUCAGGAAUGCAGGAAAAGUUAUACAGUUUAAGGUCAGCUGUAACUUUGAACCUCACUUAAGAGGAAACGUUUAUGUGCAGUAUGAAAAUGAGGAUCAAUGCAAAGAAGCCUUCAUGGUGUUUAAUGGGCGCUGGUAUGCAGGAAGGCAACUACAGUGCGAGUUUUCUCCUGUAACCAGAUGGAAAACUGCCAUAUGUGGGCUUUUUGACAGGCAAAAAUGUCCAAAGGGCAAACACUGCAACUUUCUCCAUGUAUUUCGAAACCCGGGUAAUGAAUUUUGGGAAGCAGAUCGUGACCUCCACCUGUCCCCUGACCGCGGUGGAGGCUUCACUAGCUGGCACUCCGAGCGCAGAGACAGGAUUUUGCCACAGCGCAACCGCAGCCCUGAGCCAUCUCGCUAUAGACGGGAUGAUGGGAGGAGCCGCAGUGGUGAGAGGCACAGUCAUAAGAGAAGGAGGAGCAAUAGUAGAGAGAGGCGGAGUCACAGUAGACAGAGGCGGAGUCAUAGCAGAAGCAGGGAGAGACGGAGACCCCAGUAUUCUCUGAGAAGAGGACAAGGAAGAGCAAAUGACCUUUCCAGGAGAAGUAGAAGCCAUGAGAGACGCAGAUUACACAGCAGAGGCAGAGAGUCUGAUCGGCAGAGUAGAAGUCGCCAUUCAGUCAGAGACUCGAGGAGAUCUUCUAGGAGGUCAGAAUCGGAUAGCCCUAAAGAACAGCACAAAAAUGGAUCCGUCAAGAGAAUGAACAAAAGCAGUGACGCCUCUGCUAAUGCGAACACCUCCUCGCAUCACCACAAGCACUCCAAAAAGAGCAAGAAAAAGAAGAGCAAAAGGAAACAAAAGCGGAAGAUGAGUAGAACCCGCAGUGUCAGCUCUUCUGCAGGUUCUGAGAAGGAGUCGGAGGAUGAUGAGGAUGAAGUGACUCUAACGAAUCGUGACAAACAGAACACAGAAAUGCCUGCAGAGGAUAGCAGAACUACUGAGACCAUCACAACAUUCCAGCAAGGCCAUGGUGAGACUCAUACAAGUAAAGUCUGUCAACAUGAAGAUGAAAAACAUGUAACACUUGCUGGUGUUGCUGAUGAGUCUGGCACUGCAGCACUGUCUAAUGAGGAUAUGUGAAAUGGCAUGAAUGCUUUUCCAGUCUUACUAUAGCAGUGACAUUAUUUGGUUUCACAAAAAGUCAACCCAUCUUGUCUGUUUUGAACGAACACUUGAUUUGUGUCCCUGUAAACGUGAGUAAAUAAAUGUUUUAUUAAAAA